CUGGGUGUGGCGGGGACGAGCGGAAGCCGCGUUUGUUGUUCUUCCUUCUGUUUCCGAGACGUUCAGGGUCUAAACGGGUUGAAGAGGCGCGUCUGCAUGUCGCUGCCAAUUCCCCCAAUAAGCCGUCUGCUACCGCUCCCGAAUGAAGAUUAACAGGUAUGCCAAAGGAAAAAUAUGAUCCUCCAGAUCCCCGCAGAUGUUACACCAUCAUGUCAGCUGAGGAGGCGACCAGUGGGAAGAAGUCUCACUGGAAUGAGCUCGAGAUAACUGGGCGGGUGAGGAGUCUGAGCAGCUCGUUAUGGACCCUUACGCACCUGACGGCGCUGCACAUCAACGACAACAACCUGACCCGCAUCCCGCCGGACAUCGCCAAGCUGCCCAACCUGGUCUACCUAAACCUGUCGUCCAAUAAGCUCCGCAGUCUGCCCGCCGAACUGGGCAACAUGGUCUCUCUCAGGGAAUUGCUUUUGAACAACAAUCUUCUACGAGUUCUGCCUUAUGAACUUGGUAGGCUUUUCCAGCUUCAAACUCUGGGACUGAAAGGAAAUCCGUUAUCCCAAGACAUCCUCAAUCUGUACCAGGAGCCCGAUGGAACCAGGAAGCUUUUGAACUACAUGCUUGACAAUCUUGCAGUUCACCCAGAGCAGCUCCCCCAAAGACCGUGGAUAACUCUAAAGGAGCGAGACCAAAUGAUCCCAACAGCUGUAUUCACAGUCAUGUGCUACAACGUGCUGUGCGACAAGUACGCCACGCGGCAGCUGUACGGCUACUGUCCGUCCUGGGCCUUGAACUGGGAGUACCGGAAGAAAGGCAUCAUGGAGGAAAUCGCCGGCUGUGACGCUGAUAUCAUCAGCCUGCAGGAAGUGGAGACCGAGCAGUACUACACAUUGUUCCUGGGAACACUAAAGGAUAGCGGCUACGACGGCUACUUCUGUCCCAAAUCACGUGCCAAACUGGUUUCCGAACAGGAGAGGAAACACGUAGACGGCUGCGCAGUCUUCUUCAAGACCGAGAAGUUUACUUUGGUCCAGAAACACACAGUGGAGUUCAAUCAGGUGGCCAUGGCCAACUCUGAGGGGUCAGAGGUCAUGCUGAACAGAGUGAUGACCAAAGACAACAUCGGCGUGGCCAUUCUGCUGGAGCUUAAUAAGGACAUGUUCUCCAGUGGCAUGAAGCCACCUCAGGAGAAGCAGCUCGUCCUGGUGGGCAACGCCCACAUGCACUGGGACCCGGAGUACUCGGACGUUAAGUUGAUCCAAACCAUGAUGUUUCUGUCCGAGCUGAAAAGCAUCACUGAGAGAGCCUCGGGCUCUGUGACAACGGGCUCGCCGACCUCUGACCCUUCAUCCAUCCCCAUUGUCCUUUGCGCUGACCUCAACUCACUGCCUGACUCGGGUGUGGUGGAGUACCUGAGCAAUGGCGGAGUGGCCGAAAACCACAAGGACUUCAAGGAGCUGCGCUACAACGAGUGUCUGACCAACUUCAGCUGCAACGGCAAGAACGGCAACGCGGACGGGAGCAUCACUCACAGCUUUCAGCUAAAGAGCGCCUACGACAGCAAUCUGAUGCCUUACACCAACUACACAUACGACUUCAAGGGUGUCAUCGACUACAUCUUCUUCUCCAAGACACACAUGAGCGUCCUGGGCGUCCUGGGACCGCUCGACAGCCAGUGGCUCAUAGACAACAACAUCACCGGCUGCCCCCACCCGCACAUCCCCUCGGACCACUUCUCCUUGCUGGCCCAGCUGGAACUGCACCCUCCCCUGCCCCACCCGCUGAACCCCCUGAACGGGCUGCACCUGCCGGUCCACAGGUAGUGCAGCCUGAGAGAGCCCCUCCCACACCUCUAACCUCACCUGCCCAGCUUUUAAACACUGCCCCCGUCCCAGGUUUAUACAGGACCCUGUACAGUUCACUAACCCCACACUGUCAGACUCCCCCAGAAGGAGUGAAAUAUUUGCCUGCUUGUUGCUCCUCUAUGUUUUGCAUUUAUUUUCUCCCUUUAAUCAAAGCUUGAUACCAAAAAUUUGGGCUUGGAAUGAAGCUGUAAAAGUCACCUCCAACGUCAGUCUUUUGCCUUAGAUUUGUUCGUGACAGCUCAACAGGAUUACAGCUGUUUUAAGAUAAAAUCACCACCAACCGUGUCAGCAGAUGAGACGACUUUGGUUCCAGUUUGUUGUUUUUUCCAGACAUUUAUGAAAUAAAUCUUUUAAGUUGUCGUUUAAUAGUAAUGACGCCAGGUUUUUUUGCUAUAAUCAGUUUAGAAAGCAGAUCAGUUUCUACUACGAGUCAGGCUACAAACAUACAUAUAUUGGAUUCAUAUUUGGUGCGUAUCCAGAAUUCAUGAGCCAAGAAAUGCCAAAUUACGUAAUUUAAUGAAAUUAGAGGAAGGAUCAGGAAUUUUUUAAGAUAAAAAAGUUCAAACUUUGUUUUUAGAAGUAUUUUCCACCAUAUUGGAGGCAGAGUUGAAAUCACUAAUGCAUCAUUUUUGGGUGUUUCCAGCUGUUUUUCUCUGGAUUUUACAGUCACUUUUGGGAUUUUAAUCUCUGGUCUGUUUUGUCACUUUACAUCCGUCACGUCAACCAGUGAAUCUCUCCCUGAAUGACGCCUCUCAGUGCUACAUUAAUGUAAACAAGCUGCUUUUUUCCACCUCAUCCAAGUAGAAAUUUUUAUUUUCAUAAUCUGGGAUUGUCCCUCAUUUUAUCAGAGGCACCUUCUGGGUCUUCUUCAGCGGUUUGACUGAGGAAAAACAACAGUUCCUACCAGGGUCCAGGUUCCCAUAUUCUAAACCAAACUGUCUCGUUUUGUGCUUGAUUUGCUCAGACCUGAAAUAUAUUUUAUAUUCACAGAUAAUUCUGUGAAUAUAAUCUCCAGAUUUUUUGGUUUUCAACUCAUGUUGUAUUAAAAAUUUCCCCCGAUUGGCCAAAGAAUCUGCAAAUGAGUGACACACAAUUGGUCUUUUCCGGGUUUACCGGUGCCAGUUAUUGACCCGCUAAACAGAAUGUAUUCACCAAACUGCUCCUGAGGAUCCAAACUAAAAGCCCUUUAUGUAAGUUACAACUCAGGGCUUUGCAGUACUUCUCACACUAAGGACUCUGAGUCACUUUGUUUGAAUAAAACUUCAUGGAAAAAUGUUGUUCUGACAUUUCUGUACAAGCACAGGUAAUGUUUGUUCUUGCACACGUACAUAAUGUUGUAUAAUUCCUACGUCUUUGUGCAUUUUUAAUAAAAAACUACCGGUGCAAUUUUC